AUGCCUCCCCCACCUCCCGGAAUGCCGCCUCCUCCCGGCCUUAACCAGCCUUCGGGCUCGAGGAUGCCUCCUGAAGUGCUCGCGCAAAAGUCCCAGAAGUGGAUUCAGAUGCAGAGGAAGAGAUAUGGCGAGAAGCGAAAAGGGGGCUAUGUGGACAUGGGAAAGCAGGAUCUGCCGCCUGAGCACGUCCGUAAAAUUAUCAAGGACCACGGUGACAUGAGCAACCGAAAGUUCAGGAACGACAAACGCGUUCAUCUGGGUGCAUUGAAGUACGUUCCACACGCCGUGAUGAAGCUGCUCGAAAACAUCCCUUACCCCUGGGAGCAAGUACGCGAGGUCCCCGUGCUUUACCACAUCACUGGGGCUAUCACGUUCGUAAACGAGAUUCCGCGAGUCAUUGAACCCGUCUACCACGCACAAUGGAGCAGCAUGUGGCUAGCAAUGCGGAGGGAAAAGCGCGACCGUCGACACUUCAAGCGCAUGCGGUUCCCGCCAUUUGAUGAUGAAGAGCCGCCCCUUGACUAUGGCGACAACGUCCUGGACGUGGAGCCUCUCGAGGCCAUUCAGUUGGAACUCGAUGAGGAGGAGGACUCCGCGAUACACGAAUGGUUCUACGACCCGAAGCCGCUUGUCGGUACCCCGCACGUCAACGGGUCGUCUUACAGGUAUUGGAACCUGACGUUGCCUGUCAUGGCGAACUUGUACCGUCUCGGUCGGACACUCUUGUCGGAUCACACAGACGGCAACUCGAGCUACCUGUUCGACAAGAAGUCGUUUUUCACUGCGAAAGCGCUCAACAUGGCGAUUCCCGGCGGCCCGAAAUUCGAGCCUCUGUAUAGAGACAUGGACAGCUUCGAUGAGGACUGGAACGAGUUCAACGACAUCAACAAAGUCAUCAUUCGACAGCAAAUCCGGACUGAGUACAAGGUCGCUUUCCCCCAUCUGUAUAACUCCCUCCCUCGUUCCGUCCACAUAUCUCUGUAUCACACACCGAAGAACGUCUACAUUCGCACCGAUGACCCUGACCUGCCCGCGUUCUAUUUCGACCCUCUCAUCAAUCCUAUCUCGCUGCGUGGCUUUACACCGAAGAAUGCGCCACUCGUACCCCAUGAGGACGCGAUCUUCGGCCCCAACGAUGCUGAGGACGACGACUUCGAGCUCCCUGACGAGGUCGAGCCUUUCCUCGAGGACAAGCCGCUGGAGAGCGAUCUCACGGCGGAUGCUAUCGCGCUCUGGUGGGCGCCCGAUCCGUACAGUCGCCGCUCAGGGCGUAUGCGCCGAGCGCAGGAUAUCCCGCUCGUGAAGGACUGGUAUCUUGAGCACUGCCCUCCUAACCAGGCGGUCAAGGUUCGCGUGUCGUAUCAGAAGCUACUUAAGUGCUACGUCUUGAACGAGCUCAAGACACGCCCGGAGAAGGCCAUGUCGAAGAAGAACCUGUUCAAACAGCUGAAGGCGACCAAGUUUUUCCAGACCACGCGGUUAGACUGGGUCGAGGCGGGUUUGCAGGUCUGCAGGCAGGGCUACAACAUGCUCAACUUGCUCAUCCACCGAAAGAACUUGAACUACCUCCACCUCGACUACAACAUGAACUUGAAGCCGGUGAAGACGCUCACGACCAAGGAGCGUAAGAAGUCGCGAUUCGGCAAUGCCUUCCAUCUCUGCCGUGAAAUCCUUCGUCUCACGAAGUUGGUGGUCGACGCGCACGUCCAAUUCCGUCUCGGCAACGUCGAUGCAUUCCAGCUCGCGGAUGCGUUGCAGUACAUCUUCGCGCACAUUGGUGCCCUUACGGGUAUGUACCGUUACAAGUACAAGUUGAUGCGUCAGGUACGAAUGACCAAGGACCUCAAGCACUUGAUCUACUACCGUUUCAACACCGGUCCUGUCGGCAAAGGUCCUGGUGUCGGGUUCUGGGCCCCCGGCUGGCGUGUCUGGCUAUUCUUCAUGCGUGGUAUCGUUCCUUUGCUCGAGCGCUGGCUUGGGAAUCUGCUCGCGCGUCAGUUUGAGGGUCGUAACAGCAAGGGCAUCGCGAAGACAGUCACGAAGCAGCGUGUCGAGUCGCACUAUGACCUUGAGCUUCGUGCGGCGGUCAUGCACGACAUUCUCGACAUGAUGCCAGAGUCGAUCAAGCAGAACAAGUCGAAGACCAUCCUCCAGCAUCUGUCGGAGGCCUGGCGCUGCUGGAAGGCGAACAUCCCUUGGAAGGUGCCCGGAAUGCCGACGGCCAUCGAAAACAUCAUCCUUCGUUAUAUCAAGAGCAAGGCCGACUGGUGGACGUCUGUCGCUCACUACAAUCGUGAGCGUAUCCGGCGUGGCGCGACCGUCGACAAGGCCGUCGUCAAGAAGAACCUCGGUCGUCUCACUCGCCUGUAUCUCAAGGCUGAGCAGGAGAGACAGCACGGGUACCUCAAGGACGGUCCGUACAUCAGUGCUGAGGAGGCCGUUGCCAUCUAUACUGCCACCGUGCACUGGCUCGAGAGCCGGAAGUUCUCGCCCAUCCCCUUCCCGCCGCUUAACUACAAGCACGAUACCAAGCUUCUGGUGCUCGCGCUCGAGAAGCUCAAGGAGGCGUAUUCGGUUAAGGGCCGCUUGAACCAGUCGCAACGCGAGGAGUUGGCGCUCAUUGAGCAGGCGUACGACAACCCGCAUGAAUGCUUGUCGCGUAUCAAGCGUUUGCUGCUCACACAGCGUGCAUUCAAGGAAUCUGGCAUCGAGUUCUUCGACACCUACGACAAACUCAUUCCUUGCUACGACAUCGAGCCCGUAGAGAAGAUCACGGACGCCUACCUCGAUCAGUUCCUGUUCUUCGAGGCCGACAAGCGUGGUCUGUUCCCCUCCUGGAUCAAACCCGCCGACACUGAGCCGCCGCCGCUUCUCGUCUACAAGUGGUGCCAAGGCAUCAACAACUUGACCGACAUCUGGGAGACGGGCGAGGGCGAAUGCGAUGUGCUCAUGGAGACGGUGCUGUCCAAGGUGUACGAGAAGAUUGAUUUGACGCUGCUCAACCGGUUGUUGCGUCUCAUUCUGGACCAUAACUUGGCAGAUUAUAUCACGGCGAAGAACAACACUGUCUUGACGUACAAGGAUAUGGCGCAUACAAACGCCUACGGUCUGAUCCGUGGUCUCCAAUUUUCAGCCUUCGUCUUCCAGUACUACGGCCUGGUCCUCGACCUGCUCAUCCUGGGUCUUCAACGCGCCAGCGAGAUGGCGGGACCACCGCAGAUGCCGAACAACUUCCUGCAAUACCGCGACUCCGCCACCGAGACGCGUCAUCCGAUCCGUCUCUACUCGCGUUACGUCGAUCGCAUCCACAUUUUGUUCCGCUUCACGGCCGAAGAGUCGCGAGACCUCAUCCAGCGGUAUCUCAGUGCGAACCCUGACCCGACGAACAACAACGUCAUCGGGUACAACAACAAGAGGUGUUGGCCUCGAGACUGUCGUAUGCGCCUGAUCAAGCACGACGUCAACCUCGGCAGAGCAGUCUUCUGGAAUGUCAAGCAGAGUCUGCCCCGGUCGCUCACCACAAUCGAGUGGGAAGACACUUUCGUCAGCGUGUUCUCUAAGGACAACCCGCAACUCUUAUUCUCGAUGUGUGGGUUUGAAGUUCGCAUCCUGCCCAAGAUCAGGACUAUGGGUGGCGAACAGUUCUCGCUGAAGGAUGCCGUAUGGAACCUUACCAAUGAGCAGACGAAGGAGCGUACUGCCCAGGCGUUCCUGCGCGUAUCAGAUGAAGGCGUCCAGCAGUUCAACAACCGAAUUCGUCAGGUCUUGAUGAGCUCGGGCUCGACGACGUUCUCCAAGAUCGUCAACAAGUGGAACACCGCCCUCAUUGGUCUGAUGACGUACUACCGUGAGGCCGUCAUCCACACGAACGAGCUGUUGGAUUCUCUCGUCAAGGCCGAGAACAAGAUCCAGACGCGUGUCAAGAUCGGCUUGAACUCCAAGAUGCCGUCGCGUUUCCCUCCGGUCGUCUUCUAUACACCGAAAGAAUUGGGUGGUCUCGGCAUGUUGUCGAUGGGUCACGUUCUCAUCCCACAGAGCGAUCUUCGGUGGUCGAAGCAGACAGACGUCGGGGUCACCCACUUCCGUGCCGGUAUGUCACACGAGGAGGACCAGCUGAUUCCCAACCUCUACCGCUACCUCCAGCCUUGGGAAGCAGAGUUCUUGGACUCAGCUCGCGUCUGGUCGGAAUACUCCAUGAAGCGGAAGGAGGCAAACGCCCAGAAUCGCCGUCUGACGCUCGAGGAUCUUGAGGACAGCUGGGAUCGCGGUAUCCCGCGUAUCAACACGCUCUUCCAGAAGGAUCGGCAUACGCUUGCGUACGAUCGUGGUUGGCGUGUGCGUACCGACUGGAAACAAUACCAGCUGCUCAAGCACAACCCUUUCUGGUGGACGUCUCAGCGCCACGACGGCAAGCUAUGGCAGCUCAACAACUACCGAGUCGAUGUCAUUGCUGCUCUGGGAGGUGUCGAAGGCAUCCUUGAGCAUACUCUUUUCAAGGGCACGUACUUUCCGACGUGGGAGGGAUUGUUCUGGGAGAAGGCGUCUGGGUUCGAGGAGUCGAUGCGGUACAAGAAGCUCACGAACGCGCAGAGGUCAGGUCUGAAUCAAAUCCCGAACCGUCGAUUCACGCUGUGGUGGAGCCCUACGAUCAACCGCGCCAACGUCUACGUCGGUUUCCAGGUCCAACUCGACUUGACGGGCAUCUUCAUGCACGGUAAGAUUCCGACCCUGAAGAUCAGCUUGAUCCAGAUCUUCCGUGCCCAUCUUUGGCAGAAGAUUCACGAGAGCGUUGUCAUGGACUUGUGCCAAGUGUUCGACCAGGAGCUCGAGCCGUUGCAGAUCGAAACCGUUCAGAAGGAGACUAUCCACCCGCGUAAGAGUUACAAGAUGAACUCGUCUUGCGCAGACAUCCUCCUCUUCUCCGCCUACAAGUGGAACAUCUCCCGGCCUUCGCUCGUUACUGAUAGCAAGGAUGUUCUCGACGGCACGACCAGCAACAAGUACUGGAUUGACGUUCAACUUCGUUGGGGAGACUUCGACACGCACGACAUCGAGCGAUACACCCGCGCGAAGUUCCUGGAUUACAUCUCCGACUCUAUGAGCAUCUAUCCCUCGCCAACAGGUGUCAUGAUCGGCAUGGACCUGGCUUACAACCUUUGGUCGGCGUACGGCAAUUGGUUCCCGGGCAUGAAGCCGCUCAUCCAGCAGGCAAUGGCCAAGAUCAUGAAGGCCAACCCGGCGUGCCACGUCUUGCGCGAGCGUAUCCGCAAGGGUCUCCAGCUCUACUCGUCCGAGCCGACGGAACCGUAUCUCAACAGCCAGAACUACUCAGAGUUGUUUUCGAACCAGAUCAUCUGGUUCGUUGACGACACGAACGUAUACCGUGUGACGAUCCACAAGACGUUCGAGGGUAAUUUGACGACUAAGCCUAUCAACGGCGCAAUCUUCAUCUUUAACCCUCGCUCUGGUCAGCUCUUCUUGAAGAUCAUCCACACCAGUGUAUGGGCAGGUCAGAAGCGUUUGGGCCAGCUGGCCAAGUGGAAGACCGCCGAAGAAGUAGCAGCGCUCGUCCGUUCCUUGCCUGUGGAAGAGCAGCCCAAGCAGGUCAUUGUGACCCGUAAGGGCAUGUUGGAUCCCCUCGAGGUCCACUUACUCGAUUUCCCGAACAUCGUCAUCAAGGGAUCAGAGUUGCAGCUGCCGUUCCAGGCUUGCAUGAAGAUGGAGAAAUUCGGUGAUUUGAUCCUACGGGCGACACAGCCGCAGAUGGUGCUGUUCAAUCUGUAUGACGACUGGCUGAAGUCCAUUUCGAGCUACACGGCCUUCUCCCGCCUCAUCCUUCUACUCCGUGGGCUCCACGUCAAUAACGAGAAGGCCAAGAUCGUCCUGCGGCCGGACAAAAACACCGUCACGGAGCCACAUUUCGUAUGGCCAUCUCUUAGCGACGAGGAGUGGAUUAAGGUCGAAGUUGCCCUCAAGGACCUCAUUCUGGCCGACUUCGGCAAGCGGAACAGUGUGAACAUCGCCUCCCUCACGGCCAGCGAAAUUCGUGAUAUCAUCUUGGGUCAGGAGAUCGCAGCACCGUCCGUGCAGCGGCAGCAGAUGGCGGAGCUCGAGAAGAGCUCUGAGGCGCAGAGCCAAGUCACAGCGGUGCAGACGCAGACGACCAAUAUCCACGGUGAUGCUAUCCAGACUGUGACUACGACAAAUUACGAGCAGCAGGUGUUCAGUAGCAAGUCCGACUGGCGUGUACGUGCAAUUUCUGCUACCCAUCUACCGCUUCGUCUCCAGCACAUCUACGUCUCCAACGACGAUGUCCGAGACGAUGCUGGGUCGUUCACCUACGUCUUGCCGAAGAACAUCCUCCGUGCCUUUGUCACCGCUGCCGACCUGCGCACUCAGGUCGCCGCGUUCCUGUACGGCGUCUCUCCGCCAGACAACAAGCAGGUCAAGGAGAUCAAAGCCGUGGCAUGGGUCCCGCAGCGAGGCAAUAACAACAGUGUCGAGUUGCCAUCGCAGUUGCCGAAGGACGACUUCUUGCUCAAGGACCUCGAACCGCUCGGAUGGAUCAAGACUCAGGCUCUCGAGCUGCCGCACUUGUCGCCGACGGACGUCACCACGCAGGCGAAGUUGAUGGCCGAGCAUCCUGAAUGGGGCUCGUCGUCAAUAUGCUUGACCAGCGCGUUCACGCCGGGUUCCGUAUCGUUGUCUGCGCAUUCGCUCUCAGUCGCAGGGUUUGAGUGGGGCCGGAAGAACGCCGACACGUCGCCCAACCCACAGGGCUUCAACCCGAACAUGUCUGAGCGAGUGCAGCUUCUGCUCUCAGACCGUGUACUAGGCAUGACGCUCGUGCCCGAGGGUCGCGUAUGGAACUACGGUAUCGGGCUGACGCAGCUAUGGUCGCCGUCGAUGCACUACUCGAUGACGCUCGACACGCCUCUGCUGUUCUGGGCCGAGGAACACCGCCCGGCCGCGUUCCUGUCGUUCGCCAACCUCGAGACGGGAGAUGAUAGUGCUGACCUGGAGAAUAGUCUUGCGUGA